AUAGUGCGCGAACGCUGAACAGAGGAUGCCGUUUGAUCAAAGAACAGAUCGAAUUGACGACUAUCGAUACGUAUCAAUGCUCCAUGCGGGGUCUUCGUACGCGAAUUCCGAAUCGAAGGUCUGUCCACGAGAAAUUCGACAUGAGCCUGCCGUACAGUAAGGACUUCUCCAUCGCUAUAUCGUCUUUCUUCAUGAAAUGCGUGGGUAUUUGGUCGGCAAACAAUUCCGCUCAGCAACGUUCGAGGAACGUCAUGUUGAUUUAUACAGUUUUCACGAUUCUUUUUGCCGUGUGGAUUCAGACCAGGGAUUUGUACUACUCCUGGGGAGACUUUGGCACCUGCACGUACAUCGGGUGUAACAUUUUGUGCUUGAACAUGGCCUUAUUCAAGAUAUUUAUUCUGUUCUUGAACAAAGUUACGUUUCUUGAUCUAGUCGAUUACAUGCAAACGAAUUUCUGGCAGUCGAACUACGCCCCCAACGAGCAAAUUAUUUUUGCCAGCUGGACACGAGUUUGUACUUACUUCAUUUGUUUCUUCACUUUCUUCACCGAGGCUUCGAUUAUCUGUUACGUGAUUAGACCAGUUGUGGCAAAUAUUGGAAGAAACGAAUCGGACAGAAUACUUCCAUUCAAUAUGUGGCUCGACUUGCCAUUGUCCAUUACACCGUAUUUUGAGAUAACGUUUAUCCUACAGGUUCUGUCGUUGUAUCACGUUGGCGUAUGCUACAUAUGCUGCGACAACUUCUUGUGCAUAAUGAAUCUUCACGUGGCCGGCCAGUUUCGGAUACUCCAAUACAGGUUGAAGAGCAUGCGAAUAUUGCGAUCUGAAAACGAAAAACAUGAAAAUUCGAAAGCAUAUCCUAGCAAGCAAUAUCACGCCAUAUUUAGGAGCUGCAUUCAGCAGCAUCAAGCACUCAUCGAAUACUGUGACAAACUCGAGAAAGUAUUCAGGAUAAUUGUGUUGGCGCAGGUGUUAAUCUUCAGUGUAUUAAUUUGUUUUGUAGGGUAUCAGGUAGUACUGGCGGAUUUAUCCUCAACGACUAGAAGGGUCACGUUCGUGAACCUUUUAACGUCGACCAUGUGCCAGCUGUUCAUGUUCACGUAUAGUUGCGAUUGCUUGAUACGAGAGAGUACGAACGUCGCUACCGCGAUAUACGCGACACCAUGGCUGGAUUUAUCAAUGGACAAAUAUGGGAGACUGAUUCGAAAAGACAUGCAACUUGUGGUCAUGAGGACGUAUCGACCUUGUUGCUUAACUGCUAAUGGAUUCUUCCCCGUGUCACUGCAAACUUACACCAAUAUCCUGAGUACCGCAAUGUCCUAUUUCACGUUGCUGAAACGGAACACUUUUUUAUGUGAAUUGAAUCAGGAGACGUUCAUCACUUCCGACGGUAAGCGGAAAAUUCAACAUUUGGCAGUAGAAAGUGGUGGAGACGUGGAAAAGCACUUUGACGACAUUUCCAUCGCCAUGACAUCGUUCUUCAUGAAGGCCUGUGGGAUUUGGAUGGCGACUAAUAACAUUGAGCAACAAUGCAGAAAAAUCGCCAUAGCGUACACCACUAUUGUGAUAUUGUUUCAAGGUUGGGUACUUACGUCAGCGGUGUAUUUCUCCGGGGAAGAUUUCAACGUCUUCCUAACCAAUCUGAGCGCUCUUUUGAGUAUGCUCUUGCCUACGUUCAAGACGCUCAUCCUGUUUGCACAUAGAAAGGAUCUCUUUCAAUUAGUUGUAUACUUGGAACGGAAAUUUUUGCAAGGGAAUUACGACGCUCACGAGAAGAGUUUAUUUGCAUACCACGUCGCCCUCUGUUACAUGUGCUUCGAUAACAUAUUAUGCAUCAUGAAUCUUCACGUAGCUAGUCAGUUUCGUAUUCUCCAAUACAGACUAGAAAACAUGCGAGAGGAAAAUAAGGAAGAAUCUAUUGAAAAUUCGAAAAAAUCCUCGUCGCGUACGGCAGAUGAGAACUACGCCAUUUUUAAAAGCUGCGUUCGACAGCAUCAGACACUUAUUGCAUACUGUGACAAACUCGACGAUGUGUUCAGUCUUUUUUCACUUGGACAAGUGUUAAUUUUCAGUACGUUGAUUUGCAUUGACGGGUAUCAAGUUGUUAUGCCAGGAACGCCAUUUGCGUAUCGCUUUCUCUUCGGAUUUCACAUGUUAAGCUGCACGUCACAACUCUUCAUGUUUACGUACAGCUGUGACUGUUUACUGAAAGAAAGCAUGAACAUUGCGCCAGCAAUGUACGCUGCUCCGUGGACUCAUCUACCGAUGAACAAAGACGGAAGAAUGCUGCGAAAAGACCUGAUACUUGUCAUUAUGAGGUCCAGGAUACCAUGCUGCGUGACAGCCCAUGGGUUCUUCCCUGUAUCUAUGGAAACGUUCACCAAGAUAAUGAGUACAGCAAUGUCAUACUUCACCUUAAUACAGGGACAAACCGCGGAUACUACCAGUGUCUCCGAACUUGACGACAUUUCUAUCGCCGUGACAUCUUUCUUCAUGAAAGCCUGUGGGAUUUGGAUGGCGACUAAUUACGACGAGCAACGAUGCAGAAAUAUUGCUGUAGCUUAUACUCUGACUGGGAUGGUGUUUCAUGGUUGUGUGCUAACGUCAGAUUUGUAUUUCGUGAGAGAAGAUUUCGAAGCCUUUUUAUUAACCUUGUGCAACUAUUUAAGUCUGCUCUUGCCCUUCUUCAAGAUAAUUAUCUUGUUCACGCAUAGAAAGGACAUCUUUCAUUUAGUCGUGUACCUGCAACGAAAUUUUUUGCAAGGAUGUUACAACGUCCACGAGAAGAAAAUUGUGGACGCAUGCAAACGCGCCUGUGCGUUCUUUAUUUGCACCUUCACUUGUUGUGCGAAUGCGACGGUGUUUAGCUACAUCAUCACUCCCGUCUUUGUUAACAUCGGAAAAAACGAAACAGACAGAAUGCUUCCAUUUCACGUAUCAAUAGAUACAGUCUCCAUCACGCCGUAUUUUGAGAUAGCAUUCGUACUACAGUCUCUGGCCCUGUACCAAGUCGGAGUGUGCUACUUUUGCUUCGACAACUUGUUGUGCAUCAUGAACCUACACGUCGCUAAUCAAUUUCGUAUACUACAGUACAGAUUAGAAAAUAUGCAGAGCAUAUUUAAGGAAAAACACGACGAAAAUUCGAAAUUCUCACCGGAUACUGCACACGAAUAUUACGAAAUUUUUAAAAGUUGCGUUCAAUAUCAUCAGGCACUCAUUGCAUACUGUGCCAAGCUUGAGGAAGUAUUCAGUCUUUUUUCGUUGGGACAAGUGCUGGUUUUCAGUUCGUUGAUCUGCCUUGACGGAUAUCAGAUACUCAUGUCGGAUGCACCUCCCGUAGCACGUAUGACUUUCGUGUUUCACAUAGUGGGCUGUACCGCACAGCUGUUCAUGUUUACGUACAGCUGUGAUUGCUUAAUACAAUAUAGUACGAGCGUUGUGUCAGGUAUGUACGCAGCUCCGUGGCCUCGUUUGCCUAUGAAUGAAGACGGAAGGAUGCUGCGAAAGGACCUGAUACUAGUGAUGCUGCGGUCCAAAGUACCUUGCUGCCUGACGGCUCGUAAAUUCUUCGCUGUGUCUCUCGAAACCUACACUGGGAUAAUGAGUACCGCAGUGUCAUACUUUACACUACUGAAGCAACGAACAUCGGCAACGACCUGAGCGUGUCUGAAACGUGUUGUUCAAUGCGUGCAUUCCUUGGUUUUAGAUUAAAAUAAUGUCAAUUACUUAUACUUGUUACAAUAGAUGAGUAAAACGAUAUGCAAAGAAAAACAUGU